AUGACAGAUCAGCAACAAGUCGAACUCCACAUACCCUCCAUCCAACCAGGCGUCGAUCUCGUCGGCAUCCUGCAUCGAAGACCCUCGGCAUCACCAGGUAAACGCCGCAUCGCGCUCAUCCUGCACGGCUUGCUCGCACACAAGAACCAAUGCUACCACCGAGCACUGGCAGAGUCGCUCCCCAUCGACUCGUACCGAUUCGACUUCCGCGGCAAUGGUGAUUCCAAGGGGGACUGGGCCAUGGGUACCAUGGACAACGACGUCGAGGAUCUCGCCAGCGUGGUCCGAUACCUCUACCAGCAAAAAGGGUAUGCGGUGGAUCUGAUCGUAGCGCAUUCUCGAGGUACGAUGGUGUCGUGGAUGUACCUGAGUCGAGGUGAGCAGGCGCUGCUGCGAGACGGCGGGUUUGCACACCUGCCCAAUUUGGUAGUAGUUUCGGGUCGAUGGGCGAUGGAGGGUAUGUUGAAGACCUACGCUCGCUUCCAGCAGGGGUUCGACAAAGAAGGUUUCUACAGGUGGCACGUCACCGUUGCGGGAAAGAAGCGCGAAUACAUCGUAUGGCCCAAAGACCUCGAGAUGAUGUCGGGCGUCAAGACUCCGCAGCCAUAUGUGGAGAAGCUGAGCACCAACACCGACGUACUGGUCGUGCACGGUACUGCCGAUCGAACCGUACCCCCGCAGGACGCACAGGAAUUCAUUCGAGUACUCGAGGCGAAUCAGAGUCGAAGGAAAGGGUCGCAUCGACUGGAGAUGGUGGACGGUGCGGAUCACAUGUACAGAGGCAAGACGGAAGCAGUGGUCGGGCUGGUUUGCAAGUGGUAUGCUGACAAGAGUGGAGGGUUGGGAAACGGCGGCGGAGAUGCGACCAAGGCGACGUCGACUUCGAGGUUAUGA